AUGAUACUAAUUGAGAAAUCUAAUGAAACUAGUGAAGAACCUAGUGAAGCUAAUAGCUCUAAUAGAAAGCCAACAAAAAAUAGAGAGUUGGUUGGCUUUCAUUGGCUUCAUUUAGAAAUUAUUCUUAAUAGAGCAAUAGAGCAAUGUUAA